CCCCACUCCUAAGCAUCUCUCGCUCUCCAAACCAAUUCUCAACUCCACGGCGUAGAUCCGAGGAGUUUGGGAACACCCUUAAAAACUUCAUCUCAAAUCCUGACAGCGCUUUCUCUCUCUUCGAUAUUAACGUCAUCAUCAUCUUCUUAUUCAGUCAUGGCAGGUGCCGCACCAGAGGGAUCACAAUUUGAUGCUCGUCAAUUUGAUACCAAAAUGAAUGAGUUACUUUCAGCUGAUGGGCAAGAUUUCUUUACAUCAUAUGAUGAGGUUUAUGAUAGUUUUGAUGCCAUGGGAUUGCAAGAGAAUCUUCUGAGGGGCAUUUAUGCAUAUGGUUUUGAAAAACCCUCAGCAAUUCAGCAAAGGGGAAUAGUUCCUUUCUGCAAGGGCCUUGAUGUAAUUCAACAAGCUCAAUCUGGAACUGGGAAAACUGCAACUUUCUGCUCUGGUGUCCUUCAACAGCUUGACUAUGGUUUGGUCGAAUGCCAAGCUUUGGUUUUGGCACCUACUCGUGAGCUCGCACAACAGAUUGAGAAGGUUAUGCGUGCACUCGGGGACUACCUUGGUGUGAAGGUACAUGCUUGUGUGGGUGGAACUAGUGUUCGUGAGGACCAACGCAUUCUCUCAAGUGGGGUACAUGUUGUUGUUGGAACUCCUGGGCGUGUGUUUGACAUGCUUAGAAGACAGUCUCUUCGUCCUGAUUGCAUUAAGAUGUUUGUAUUGGAUGAGGCAGAUGAAAUGCUUUCUCGAGGUUUCAAGGACCAGAUAUAUGACAUAUUCCAGCUCUUGCCUUCAAAAGUUCAAGUCGGGGUUUUCUCUGCUACAAUGCCUCCUGAGGCCCUUGAGAUCACAAGGAAGUUUAUGAACAAACCGGUGAGAAUUCUCGUGAAGCGUGAUGAGCUCACCCUAGAAGGUAUAAAGCAGUUUUAUGUCAAUGUUGAAAAGGAGGAUUGGAAGCUUGAGACACUCUGUGAUCUUUAUGAAACCUUAGCCAUCACCCAGAGUGUCAUAUUUGUGAACACAAGACGUAAGGUUGACUGGCUAACAGACAAGAUGCGCAGUCGAGACCACACAGUCUCAGCCACCCAUGGAGACAUGGACCAGAACACCAGGGAUAUUAUCAUGCGUGAAUUCCGUUCUGGGUCCUCUCGUGUUCUGAUAACCACUGAUCUGUUGGCCAGGGGUAUUGAUGUUCAGCAAGUCUCCCUUGUUAUAAACUAUGAUCUUCCUACUCAACCCGAGAACUAUCUCCACCGUAUUGGACGUAGUGGACGGUUUGGAAGGAAGGGUGUUGCCAUCAAUUUUGUGACCAAGGACGAUGAAAGAAUGCUGUUUGACAUCCAGAAGUUUUACAAUGUGGUAGUUGAAGAGCUGCCAUCAAAUGUUGCUGAUCUCCUCUGACAAGUUUUUACUUUCUUAUUAUUAGUGAGAAAGGUAAACAAAUUUUUAUAUGUUGUGGACUUAUUUAUUUUGCUUUUGCCCCUGUUCUGUUUAAUAGGUGUAGCACCUGAAUUUAAGAUGUUAUCUGAUGAUUGUUUGAUAUAACUUAUAAGUACUGCUCAUUGGUAAUGUGUAAUCCAUCAAGUCCCAGUUGGUGACGAGUGUCUGCUGUAAAAUUUCUUGCAACUAAGGUUUGUAUCAUGUGUGUCCUGUUUUUUUGCUCAGAGGAGUCUAGCUUGCUUGGUUGUUCCCAAUUGUGUUGCUAGGAGAC